CUUUACACCCAGCUGAAGGUCGUCGCAGCUGCACAGAGGGAGGAGCUGCAGGUGGUGGCAGCUCCCGUCCUGCUGCUGCCGGAGGUGCUGGUGGCUUCUGAGGGGUCUUGCGCUGCUUGGGAUGUAGAGUACAGCCGCUUUGAGUCUAAGAUCCACGACUUGAGAGAGCAGAUGAUGAACAGCAGCAUGAGCUCUGGCUCUGGCUCACUUCGGACAAGCGAGAAGAGGUCCCUCUAUGUCCGAGCUCUGUUUGACUAUGACCGGACCCGGGACAGCUGCUUACCCAGUCAGGGGCUCAGCUUCUCCUAUGGGGACAUCCUGCAUGUCAUCAAUGCCUCUGAUGAUGAGUGGUGGCAAGCUAGGCUUGUGACACCUCACGGUGAGAGCGAGCAGAUAGGAGUCAUCCCCAGCAAGAAGAGGGUGGAGAAGAAGGAGAGAGCGCGGUUGAAAACGGUGAAAUUCCACGCCAGGACCGGCAUGAUAGAGUCCAACCGGUCGAUCAAAACGAAACGUAAAAAGAGUUUCCGCCUCUCUCGAAAGUUUCCAUUUUACAAGAGCAAAGAGAACCUGGCCCAGGAGAGCAGCGGACAGGAACAGGGCGUGACAUCAAACACCAGUGACAGCGAGAGCAGUUCCAAAGGACAAGAGGACGCUAUCCUGUCAUACGAGCCGGUGACACGGCAAGAAAUUCACUACGCCAGGCCUGUGAUCAUCCUGGGGCCCACGAAGGACCGAGUUAAUGACGACCUCAUCUCUGAAUUUCCACACAAGUUUGGUUCCUGCGUGCCACACACCACCAGGCCUCGGCGUGACAAUGAGGUGGAUGGACAGGAUUACCACUUCGUCGUCUCUCGAGAACAGAUGGAGAAGGAUAUUCAGGACAACAAGUUCAUAGAGGCUGGGCAGUUCAAUGACAAUCUCUAUGGGACCAGCAUUCAGUCGGUGCGGGCGGUCGCAGAGAGGGGAAAGCACUGCAUCCUGGAUGUAUCUGGCAAUGCUAUCAAGAGGUUGCAACAAGCACAACUUUAUCCUAUUGCCAUUUUCAUCAAACCAAAAUCCAUCGAAGCGCUCAUGGAGAUGAACCGGAGACAGACAUACGAACAGGCCAACAAGGUCUUUGACAAAGCCAUGAAACUUGAGCAAGAAUUUGGAGAGUAUUUUACAGCCAUCGUACAAGGAGAUUCUCUCGAAGAGAUUUACAGCAAAAUCAAACAGAUCAUCGAGGACCAAUCCGGGCACUACAUCUGGGUCCCGUCCCCAGAGAAGCUCUGAAGCUGUCCCCCACCUGCGGGGACCAUCUCUGACGUCCCACCCCACCUGUGCCCUCUGCCCUAAGGGGGGGGGAUGUGCAAACGAUUCCUUGCCCCCUUUUUUAGAUCGUCGCAAAAUUGAGUUUUCUAGUCCUGUUUCUUUUGUUGGGAUGAACUGAUCUCAUUCAUCACGUGACUGUUCCCACCAUCCCUGCAUGGACCUUCCCACUGCUCCAUUAGAGACAGAUGAGAACCCAUUCAAGAGUCGUUUUUUAUUAUUAUUAUUAUUAUUAUUAUUAUUAUUAUUAUUAACUAAACCAAGAAUCCAGAAGGGAGGAGGCGGCUGAGGACUGACGUAAGAAACAAGUGGAACAAUGGACUCUGAGAACACGAGCAGUGUCAGAGCUCCAGGGCAUUUCUUCCAGGUGUGACUGCCUAGCAGCUCUGAGCAGUGCGACAGAACGGCAGCAAGAAGGCAUUUUAUUUAUCUGUAUAUGUAAUUUAUAUAUAAUAUAGAGAAAGAUAUUAUAUAUAUAUUAUAUAUAUAUAUAUCCGUGUGGACUAGGAAACCUGAGGGACCUCUUCAAAGGUACUGUGUUAUUGCAAGGAUCUUUCAGUUCCUUUGUCCCACCCGCUGGGCAGAAACGAUCCUGGCGGUACCACGAGCAUCUCCUGCUGCCCUGCCAGCAGCCCCAGGUUGGGGAGCAGCACAGAGCCCCCCAGAAGGACCCGGAGCUCUGGGCUGACCCAGGAGCCACAGACUGAACAGGAGGCUGCGGAGGGAGAGAAUGGAUGAUGCUACAUAUUAAAUUGCACAUUGUUUUACACGCCACCGUAUGUGUUUGCAUGAGAGGUUUCCUUUUGGUUCUAUUUUUUUAAGCUGAUGUUAAACCAAAACCAUAUUGUGUUGCUGUGUUGGCUUUUUUUUUUUUUUCAUUAUUCCAUUUUUUUUUUUUUCUCUUGUUAAUAAUGAACUGAACGGGUAUAAAAUCCAGUUUUUUAACUUAUUUUUUAAGCUGGCUUGUAUUGUAAAUAGAAUCCAGAUCCGAGGUGUUUAGUUAGGAAAUACUCUACCAGCCUCAUGAAACGAUGUACUCGCUGUCCUGUGUUGCUGUGGAAAACCUGGGAUGUCAGGCUGGCCCUGGACCUGUGCUGAAAGGUGAAUGAUUCCUUCUGGUGUUGGCUGCUGUCACGAUGAGCCCCAGCUGUGCUCCGGGUGGCUGCUCA